GAAGGGGAUCAUUUCCGGUGGCCGGGGAGCUGGCGAGGCCGAGAAGCCGGAUGUCAGCGUUGGGUGGGCAGAAGGUAGAUUGGAUGAUUUUCAAUAGAUCACCAAGAGAGCUUGUUUUCCAAUUAUUCAGCAACAGCAACUCCAUAAAUAUGCCUCCCUUCUGCUGAAGCAGAAGCCACACUUUAUUGUGAGUAGCUGAAGGAGAUGGUGGUGCCAACGCUGGACAUGCCUGCACAGCCCAUGGGGAUGGUUGCUGAUGUGGUCUUCGUCAUUGAGGGCACUGCCAAUCUUGGACCCUAUUUCGAGUCCCUGCGCAAGCAUUACCUUCUUCCUGCCAUUGAGUAUUUCAAUGGUGGUCCCCCAGCUGAAACAGACUUUGGAGGAGAUUAUGGCGGUACCCAGUACAGCCUGGUUGUGUUCAACACAGUGGACUGUGCUCCUGAGUCAUACGUGCAGUGCCAUGCACCAACUAGCAGCGCUUACGAGUUUGUAACAUGGCUUGACAGCAUUCAGUUUGUGGGUGGUGGUGGUGAGAGCUGCAGUCUCAUCUCAGAAGGGCUCAGCACUGCUCUGCAACUCUUUGAUGACUUCAAGAAAAUGAGAGAGCAAAUAGGCCCCACACAUAAAGUUUGCAUUCUUAUCUGCAACUCCCCACCCUACCUGCUACCUGCAGUGGAAAGCACAACAUACUCUGGCUAUACAACAGAGAACCUGGUGCAGAAGAUUGGUGAGCGUGGGAUCCACUUUUCUAUUAUCUCCCCACGGAAGCUGCCAGCUCUGCGCAUUCUGUUUGAAAAAGCUGUGACAGCAGGCAUGAUGGAGGCUCAGCUCAAGGACUACAGCCAGGACCCCCGGCAUAUGAUCCUCAUUCGUGGCAUGGUGCUUCCAGUUGGAGGAGGGGCUGCCACAAAUGCCCUGCAGUCCAAGCAGACUGUGCCCCAGCCCCAGCCCCCCACGGUGCCACCCCAGCUCCCUGCUGCCCCGCCACAGACCCUGCCACCAGUUUCUCAGCCAUACCAGGUGACACCAUCCACAACUCUCACUGCCGCCCAGGCAGCUGCUCAGUCAGCUGUGGAGGCUGCCAAGAACCAAAAAGCUGGCCUGAGCACCCGCUUCACCUCCCUGAACCCCAUGCAGCCAGCCUUUAGCCAAGCUCCUGCACAGACACUCCCAGCAGGCUCAGUUCCAGCCCUGCCUCAAAAGCUCCCUGCCUCUUCACAGUCCAGUCUGGUCUCCACAGUAACCACGGGCUCUAGCCUGCUUGUCCAGCCCCCCGUGCAAGCUCCACCGCAGUCCGGCGCCUCAGCCAUGGUACAUUCCACAGUCGUGCCUCCCAGCAGCAUGACGGUGAGCCAGCCGGCUCAAGCGCAAAUUGGAGCAACUCAGCAGUCAGUCACAAACAAGGUGAUGGCGUGGAGUGGCGUGCUGGAAUGGCAGGAGAAGCCCAAGCCAGCUUCUGUGGAUUCCAACACCAAGCUCACACGUUCCUUGCCCUGUCAAGUGUACGUCAACCAAGGGGAGAACUUGAAGGCUGAACAGUGGCCCCAGAAGCUCAUCAUGCAGCUGAUCCCCCAGCAGCUCUUGACAACGCUCGGGCACCUGUUUCGCAACUCACGCAUGGUUCAAUUCCACUUCACCAACAAGGAUCUGGAAUCGCUGAAAGGGCUCUACCGCAUCAUGGGCAAUGGAUUUGCAGGCUGCGUUCAUUUCCCUCACACAACUCCCUGUGAGGUGCGAGUGUUGAUGCUGCUGUAUUCUUCCAAGAAGAAAAUCUUCAUGGGGCUCAUUCCUUAUGACCAGAGUGGCUUUGUCAAUGGCAUUCGCCAGGUCAUCACCAACCACAAGCAAGUCCAGCAGCAGAAGCACAUGGGAGGGUCCCAGCCCUUGGGGUCUGCACCCAACCCGCAGCCCUUCCUGGCAAAGCAGCCUGGAACAUUGCCAGUGACUCAGGGGGUCCAGCAGCAGAUGGGUAACCAACAGGUGAGCCCUGGCAUGCCUCAGGUGGGGAUUAUGGAAGAACAACAACGUCAACAGGGGCUGUUGCAGCUCCGAGUGCAGCAGCCUCAGCCAGCUGCCCCACCCACAAGCCAGCCUCCACAAGCCUCAGGUCCCCCUCAGGCUGGGCCACAGGCCACACAAGGGGGUGCCAUGCUUAGGCCCCAAAAUCCAGGCGCCAAUCCUCAGCUCCGUAGUCUCCUCCUGAGCCAGCAAACGCCCCAACCUGGAGUUCCUCAGUCCCAACAGCCUCUCCACCACCUCCAACAAGGUUCUCCAGGAAUGUUACCACACCAGCCUAUGGGACAGGCUAUGGGCCAUCAGCCUCCUGGACAGCAGCAGCUCCAGCUCCCUGGGCAGUCUCUCAUGCAUCAAGCGCCUGGACAGCAGUGGCCAGCCCAGAUGGCACCACGGGCACCUUUGCAAGGUCAGAUGCUGAUGAAUGCUGGUCCCAGGGGGCCUGUAUCUCAGCCAGGCCUGCAGCAGGUUCCAGCCCCCAGCAUCAUGGAGGACGACAUCCUCAGGGACCUCAUCUGAUGACGGAGGAGAAUCCAACUUCAGCCUCACCCAGGGCUGAGUUUGUUUCUGUAUGGGGGAGUUCCUUCCCUUCUGGAGAACGUUACUAUUCCUUUCUCUUGUGUAUAAUAUCCUCACCUCCACCCCUCUUCCUUCACAUCUGUUUUUUGCUGAGUUUCCUGCCUCAUAAAAACUGCAAGCUACUCAGCCAGCUCCUCCACCCCUCUGCCACCAUUUCAGAAGUUCCACUUGGCUCUGUUGCACCUGACACAAAUGGGUAAUGAACCCAGGAAACCUGAGCCAUCGCCUCAUCCCAACAAUUUCCAAACUUGACCUUUCACAACAUUCAGGAGGAUGGAGAGCUGAGAAUUUGGGGCUGCCACUGAAUAAGGAGGCGGACUUCUGUGAGUUUGGUGAAGGAUUUGUGACUCGGAAUUCUUGCAUUCUCAAAUGGAGAAGUGAGCUUUGAUGAGUUAUGAGCUUUCGGAUGGGGAUGGGUAGGCGAUCUAGCAAAGGGGACCUGCUUUGUUCUCCUUCACGGUUAAAAAUCUCUCAAAUCCUGUCCUGAA